AUGAAUGAACAAUUAAAUAAAAUAAAAUUGUUAUAUUCGUUUAAAUCAUCGAUGAAUCGGCAAUUAUUUAUAAUCUUUAUGUUAGCGAUGGUUGUGUUGCUUCUGGUGACCGAUCAGUGCGAAGGAGUCAAAAGUCGUGGUAAAGGGAGCAAAAGUGGUGGACACGGGGGCAGCGGACAGGGGGGCGGAGCACAUGGCGGGGCUAAACAUGGAGGCGGCAAAAAGAAAGGAAGUCAUGAAACUUAGCGAAUGAAGCUCUUGAAACUCUAACUUACUGUGACAUUAGAUUAUGGUAGAAUUGUUGUGACAUUUAUUUAAAAUGAUAAGUUUCUAUAAAAAUUUUCAAACUUAUUUUU